UAUAAAAGACUCUUCGGGGAACGGGAUUCCAUGAUACAUAUUGGCGUGCAGUGUGUGCUUUUGGAAAAAAACUGGUUACCUUGCGACUCGAGUUGUGUGCUGCGAAUAAAAAAUCAAACCUAUAUUUUUAGCCCAAUAGUGACUAUUUUUUUACAUCAUAUUUCGGCAACUGGAAAUGAAUCGCCGCACUAAUGACAGUAAAUUAAUUCUUUUUGGAGAACCUGAACCGGCAAACAUUACAGAAGGAUGUGGUUCAUUGGGAAUGUACUUGAUGAAACGUUUACUGCGCCACGGUGAUGGUGUAGCAGUGAUUGACGGCGUGUACUCCAACGAGCUGCGGUACCUGGAGUUGUUAGAAAACGCUGUGCGUCUUGCGGAAGGCCUACGGAGUCUAACCGAUGUGACCCCGAAUGGCGUAGUUGGAAUUAUAAGUGAAAAUCGAUUGGAAUUUCCUGUUGUCUUAUAUGCAUCGUUUUUUGUAAAUGCUGCUGUUGCUCCAAUUAAUUUGACGUACACCGAACGGGAAUUCGACCAUGCGCUAAAUUUAUCCAAACCAAGCAUACUCUUCGUUUCACCAUAUUCUGCGGAGCGGGUUAUUGCAGUUGCUCGUAAAAACCGCCAUUUCAUCAAACAUAUUUUUCUCUUUGGCAAUGAAAACUCCUUUGGAGCGGAUGUGGUCCUUUUUAAUGAUUUUCUUUUACAAACAAGUGCCAUCAAUCCGUAUAGCUUCCAGGUAGCUCCCACAAACGUAGAAGAACAUGUUGCACUGAUCAUGUGCUCCUCUGGGACGACUGGUUUGCCUAAAGGGGUGCAGUUAACACAGCGAAAUGUAAUUGCAAGCGUAUCGUUGUUAUCUGUUCUCGAGGCAUCAUUUGAAGUGCCCGUUGUUGUGUUAGGUGUUAUACCGUGGUUUCAUGCUUUCGGAUGCCUCACGUUGAUCAAUGUCAUUUGUAAUAAGCUGAAGCUAGUUUCCUUGCCCAAGUUUGAGGAAGGUCUGUUCUUAAGUUGCAUUGAAAACUAUCGUUGUUCCUUUGUGUUCGUGGUACCUCCCUUGAUGGUGUUUUUAGCCAAGCAUCCUCUGGUGGAUAACUACGAUUUAAGUUGCAUUAAUACGCUGCUCUGCGGGGCCGCACCACUAAGCAAAGAAACAGAAAUGUUAGUCAAGAAGCGCAUUGGGGUAAAGCAUGUUCUGCAAGGCUACGGUAUGAGUGAAACAACUCUUGCAAUGUUAAUACAGUCCAACGAUUCGAACAAAUCGGGCAGCGUAGGAAAAUUACAAGCCGGCACAAUGGCAAAGGUAGUUGAUGUAGAAACUGGAAGGCUAUUAGGUCCGAAUGAAGCAGGUGAAUUAUACUUUAAAGGCACUCAGAUUAUGAAAGGAUACAUAGGAAAUGAGCAGGAAACCAUUCAAACAAUCGAUAAGGACGGCUGGCUUCGAACCGGUGAUAUUGGCUACUAUGACAAUGACGAAGAAUUUUUUAUUAUUGAUAGAUUGAAGGAGCUUAUCAAAUACAAAGGCUAUCAGGUUCCACCAGCCGAAAUCGAAGCUGUUUUGCUAACGAACUCAAAAAUAAAAGACGCUGGCGUUGUGGGAUUUCCCGAUGAAGCAGCCGGGGAGUUGCCUUUGGCUUUUGUAGUGAAACAACCAGGAGUAACCCUGACAGAGGAGGAAGUAAAACAAUACGUUGCCGCUCGUACAUCACCAGCUAAACGGUUGCAUGGUGGAGUACGUUUCGUAUCAGAGAUACCAAAGAACGUCAGUGGAAAAAUUUUGCGACGUGAACUCCGGGCCAUGUUAAACCGACAGCUUUCUAAGCUUUAAAAUGUUCCAUUGAGUCUUUAAUUUACCGUACGAUAGAUGUCUGCGUAUUCUGAGGUUUGAUCCUAAGACCAGCUGUUUUUUAUUGUUUACGUGUGAUUUAUGGUAAUGGACAUAUAAUAUGACUAGAUUUAGUUUUAUUCUUUUAUUACAUGGAAUGUCACUAACGAAUAAAACUAAACAUGUACGCAUAUUCUAGUACAUACUCAUA